CUGUGGAAGAUGUCGCUCCCAGAGGAGGAUCUGACGUGUUCUGUGUGCUGUGACAUCUUCAGAGACCCGGUUCUGCUGCCGUGCAGCCACAGCUUCUGCAGGGACUGUCUGAAGCAGUGCUGGGACACAGGGGUACGGGGAUGUCCCAUCUGCAGGAAAAAGGGCCCCAAGUCCAGUCCCACAUCCAAUCUGGCUCUGAGAAACGUCUGCGAGGCUCUUCAGCAAGUGAAGAGACAAAACUCAGAGGACAGGACAAACUGCAGCCUGCAUGGGGAGAAGUUAAAGCUCUUCUGUUUGGUUGACAGGCAGCCCAUCUGCGUGGUGUGUCAGUCGUCCAAAGUGCACAAGAACCACGAAUGUUUGCCGACAGACGAGGCGCUGCUGGACUGCAAGGAUGAACUUGAGGUUUCUCUGAAAAUCUUGCAAAAAAAGCUGGACAGCCUUGAAAAGAUUCACCAAACAUCAGAUGAAAUGUUCACACACAUUAAGAAUCAGACACUGGAAACCCAGAAGGUGAUCAGGAGCCAGUUUGAGCAGCUACACCAAGUCCUCCAUGACGAAGAGUCGGGCAGAUUAGCAGCUUUAAAGAAAGAAGAAGAGGAGAAGAUUGCAGCGAUGAAACAAAGGAUCAAAGAGCUUUCAGAAGAGAUGCUUUCUGUUACCGAGACCAUCUCUGUCAUCCAGGGACAGCUGAUGGAGGACAACAUAGUCUUAUUGAAGAACUUUAAAGCCAUUCAGGACAGAAGUAAAGACGUGAUGCCUGCUUUAAAUAACAUGUCUGGCCUUCUGAUUGACGUGGCGAAGCACCUCUCCAACCUCAAAUACAGAGUCUGGGAGAAAUUAUUGGACCAGGCUGACUACACUCCUGUGACUUUAGAUCCAAACACGGCACACCCUUGCCUCGUCCUGUCUGAAGACCUCACGUCCCUCCACUACUCAAAGAGGCCCAGUUGUUGCCCUGACAACCCAGAGCGCUUCCACAUUAGCGCCGAAGUGGUUGGCAUGACGGCUCUCGACGCAGGAAGUCACCACUGGGUUGUGACAACAGGAAGUAACCCCGACUGGUUUCUGGGUGUGGCCUCCUCGUCUAUAUUAAGAAACGUAGAGAUCUCCGCUCGUCCUGAAAACGGUUUCUGGACUUUAUGCUUCCGGGACGGAGAGUUCAGGGCAAUGACCUCGCCUCCCACCCCACUGACUGUUUCAAAUAUGCCCAAACAGGUCAAAGUACAGCUGGAUUACAACAAUGGACGGGUGUCUUUUUUGGACCCUGCAGACAACUCACUCAUUUAUGAGUUCACACAAACAUUCACGGAGCCUUUAUUUCCAUAUUUUUAUACACAGAGCAGUCAUCCACUGAGAAUAAUGCCAGAGACGGUACUGAUCGCAGCAGCUGAGUGAUUUAGGUUUAUUUUUUAACUAUUUUGUACAUUUCCUAAACUCAUAGGCACAAAUACUCAA